AUGACACUAAAAGACAUCUCGAAUAUUUCGGUCUCCCGACGCAUAGGCGACAGGUCUCCUCCCCGCAAGGCAAUGAAACCAGCAAAGGUAAUUGAAGACAUCCAAAGGAGCAGGAAACUGGAGCUCCAGAAGGUGCUAGAGUGGAAGGACAAGAACCAGCAGGAACUGAAUGAUCUCAACAGCGAGCUCUGGAGAAUCCGCACAGACCUGCCUGAACUCGAGCUGGACCUUGAGAAGCUGAACAAUCAGCUUUUUGAGCUUGAAAAGCGAUACAAAGAGAAGGAAAAUGAGCUUGCAGAGGCAGACAAACGGUUGGAGAGCGAGAUUGCUGAGCUGAAACAGGAGUUUGAGCUCUACCGGCGCCAGACAGAGCUGGAAUUUAACCGCAAAAUUGAGCAGCUAAGUGCAGACUGCGACUCAAGGGUCCAGAGCGAAAUAGCCCAGAAACAGGCUGCCUACACCGAUGCCAAACGAGAAUUGGAGAAAAGGAAAGACGAACUCGUAAGACAGAUCAACGAGGAAAAGGCGCACUUUCAGAGCGAGAACGAGCGCAUCAUAGAGCGAAGGCGCGUCAGGCUGGAAGCUGUGGACAGAGAGUUUGCACGGGAGCUGAAUAAUUUGGAGCAGGACAAGAAAGAGAUUGCUCGGGCAGCAGCUGCUGUCGAUCUCAAAUGCGAGGCUGUGGGGGCAGAAAUUGCAAAAAAAGAGGAAGAGAAACAGGAGCUUGAGUCACAAGUGAACUCUGCGAGACUCAAGUCCGCACAGUUUGAAGAAAAAACGGUCGAGAUACGCCGGGAGAUUCAAACGCUCAAGACUGAGUUUCAGGAGAAGGUCCGGCUUCUGGAGCAAAAAGAGCACGACGCCGCGAAAUUUGCGAACUCUACUGUCGCAUUGAAAGAGCAGCUUCUGUCCGAAGAACAGACCCGUCGCAAAACACAUAACAUUCUCCAGGAUUUAAAAGGGAACAUUCGCGUUUUCUGCAGAGUCAAGCCGGAACAGGCUGAAAACUGUUUCAAGCACCAAAUGUUUGCAUCUGCUGACUCGAGCGACGGUAAAGAGCAUAUAAUAAUUACCGAGCCACUGGUCGCGCCGCAACCGUUUUACGGCUUCAGCAAGUCUGCUCCCAAGAACUACAAAUUCGGUUUUGACAAGGUGUUCGGCAUGGACUCGACCAACUCAGAGAUAUUCGAUGAAAUCAGCCAGCUAGUUCAAAGCGCUUUGGACGGCUAUAAUGUGUGCAUUUUUGCUUACGGACAGACCGGUUCGGGCAAGACAUUUACAAUGUCGAGCGUGACGGACGGAAUAAUCCCGCGUGCUGUGGACCUGAUAUUUCAAAGAAGCCGCUCGGCCAAGGAGAAUGGCUGGGAGUUUAGCAUCACAGGCCAGUUUUUAGAAAUAUACAACGAAAACAUCAAUGACCUCAUGACAGAGUCUUAUCUUCGCAAUUUGGAUGCUGUCAAGCAUGAAAUCAAGCACGACGAAGCCACGCGAACGACUACGAUCACCGAUAUGACCACAGUUGCACUAGAAAACCAGGAGCAGGUAGCUCAUAUUCUGGAAAACGCCAACAAAAACCGCGCCACCGCGUCCACGAACGUGAACCAUCGGUCGUCGCGUUCUCACUCCAUUUUCAUGAUCCAACUGUGCGGCCACAACAAGAAAACUGGUGAAUCUGUUAACGGCAAGCUGAAUCUCAUAGAUCUGGCUGGAUCUGAGCGCAUCUCGCAAUCGAUGGUGACCGGAGAGCGUCUUAAAGAAACGCAAUCCAUCAACCGGUCUCUCAGCUCUCUGGGCGACGUGAUAACCUCUCUGUGCAAGAGGAGCCAGCAUAUCCCAUACAGAAAUUCAAGACUAACAUAUCUUCUCCAAUACUCGCUUGGCGGAGAUUCCAAGACUCUCAUGUUUGUUAACAUAUCCACCAAAUUACAACAUUUUAAUGAAACACUCAACUCGCUUCGUUUUGCCACCAAGGUUAAUAAUACACAGCUGCAGACGAAACAGUGA